ACCCCUGCAACUUGGAAAUGAUUGAGUAGCUCUAUAAAGAUAGAGAUCUAUUACCCAAAAAAACAUCAAAAAUAAAAACAAAAAAAACAUAGCCCCUUAUCAUUAUUGAGUUUCGCCAUCUUCUUCAAGACCUUUAAAGUUCAAAUUUUUCAAGAAUGGGAACUUCUGUUGAAACCACUUAUGGAGAAUACACAUAUGAAAACCUUGAGAGGGAGCCCUACUGGCCUUCAGAGAAGCUUCGGGUCUCUAUUACAGGUGCUGGUGGAUUUAUUGCCUCACACAUUGCAAGGCGACUGAAGACCGAGGGGCAUUACAUUAUUGCUUCUGACUGGAAGAAGAAUGAGCACAUGUCUGAGGACAUGUUUUGUAAUGAGUUCCAUCUUGUUGAUCUCAGGGUUAUGGAUAACUGUUUGAAAGUCACAAAAGGAGUUGAUCAUGUGUUCAAUCUCGCUGCCGAUAUGGGAGGUAUGGGCUUCAUUCAGUCGAACCACUCGGUGAUCAUGUAUAACAACACUAUGAUCAGCUUUAACAUGAUGGAGGCUUCAAGAAUAAAUAGUGUUAAGAGGUUCUUUUAUGCAUCCAGUGCUUGCAUCUACCCUGAAUUUAAGCAGUUGGAAACUAACGUGAGCUUAAAGGAGUCUGAUGCUUGGCCUGCAGAGCCUCAAGAUGCUUAUGGCUUAGAAAAGCUAGCAACAGAGGAGUUGUGUAAGCACUACAACAAGGACUUUGGAAUUGAAUGUCGCAUUGGCCGUUUCCAUAACAUUUAUGGUCCAUUUGGAACAUGGAAAGGCGGACGUGAGAAAGCACCAGCAGCUUUUUGUAGAAAAGCCCUCACUUCCACUGACAAAUUCGAGAUGUGGGGAGAUGGAAAGCAAACUCGAUCUUUCACCUUCAUUGAUGAGUGUGUUGAAGGUGUUCUGAGGUUAACAAAAUCAGACUUUAGAGAGCCUGUGAACAUCGGAAGUGAUGAGAUGGUAAGCAUGAAUGAGAUGGCAGAGAUAGUACUCAGCUUUGAUGGCAAGAACCUUCCAAUCCAUCACAUCCCGGGACCAGAGGGUGUGCGUGGUCGAAACUCUGACAACACUCUCAUCAAGGAAAAGCUUGGCUGGGCUCCUAAUAUGAAGUUGAAGGAUGGGUUGAGAAUUACAUAUUUCUGGAUCAAGGAACAAAUUGAGAAAGAAAAGGUGAAGGGUGCCGAUGUGUCCGCUUAUGGAUCAUCCAAAGUUGUGGGAACACAAGCUCCAGUUGAAUUGGGUUCCCUCCGUGCUGCCGAUGGCAAAGAGUGAAGUAGAUGAAGCCAAGUGAUUAUCAUUCGGUAUGCACAAUGGCCAUCUGUUAGUUCCACCAUGUUUUGUUCGCGUGGAAUGUUUACUUAUUGAUAUAUCUAUAUUACGCGCUAAAGCAGUUUUUUUUUUCCCCACAUCCCCACAUCCCCACAUCCCCUCAUUGCACCUACCAAAUAAUACUCAGAGAUGUGGUAGUCCAGUAAUGCUUGCAUUUUGUGAUUUCUUUUUGCUACCUCAAUGCAUUUGUGGUAUUUUCUGAGUUUGUAUGAGACAUAUCCAUUUGCUAUCAAUCUAUCAUUUUCUUGCUCCUUGACUCUG